AUGUCGCCCACAUCUCCUACCUCGCCUCGGCACAUAUCGAUUCAGAUCGACCCGCAUCAGUCCAUGCCCCCGCACAGGCAAAGCAUCGCCUCGCCGGGUACGCUCUCGCCCAGCCGAGCUCUUGGUCCUUCGAGCCUGCAGGUCGCCCCGUCUAUGCUGCGCGGGAACAGCUCGGGGCGGGCAUGGGAUGAGGCGCAGGCGAGGGAGCGGCAGAGAUUGCAGGAUAUCGAUAGUGCUAAAUCCAUGUCUCGCGCUCGGUCCGGAUCAAUGAUGGCGGACCCCUCACCGAACCUCCGGCCCAGUAUGCAGCACUACCAAUCCUCCUCCCCUAUCGACGAGAACACCUUCCCUAUGCUCUCAGACAUGGAAGAGGCGGAGAUGGACCGAGCGCGGCAGAGCGGGUUCCGGGAUCAUGAUGCCCACUCGGAGCACUCGGCGGGGUACCGGAUCGACGACCACGAGGAGGAUCUCAUCGACCAUUCCCGCUCGCACAGCCACCACGGGGACAGUCUGGGGUCGAUGAUGCGCCGGCAUUCGGAUGAGGGUGACCACCGGCGCGAGCGGAGCAGACACGAUCGGGAUAUGGAGCGGUUCUCGGGGAUGCAGGGCGGGCUGGCGCCGUUUGGGGGUGGGAACCGGUUCGACUUUGGAGCGAUGGAGGAAUUUGCGGCGACGGAGAGGGAUAAGCUUGGGUUGAAUGAAGCUGCCAAGAUCCCUGCGCCGCCUGCGAAUGAGCCGGUGUUCAGGCAGAGGAGGGGACACUCGAAUAACCAGGAAGGCGGAGAGAAUGGAGCGGCGCCGGUCGGGAGCUACGAGACGGCGAUGGAGCGGACGAACACCUUCUCUGCGUUUGGGGACGAAGGGGAGCACGUCACGUCGCCAAAGGAGAGCGAGGGCGGACAGGCAUUUGCGCGGAGACGACAGCGCAAGUUGUCGGCGUCGAACCCGGUCGGAAGGCGAGGCGGGAAACUGGCGCUCUUCGAGGGAUUCGGGACGAACCAGGAAGGCGAGGAGGGAGGUGCGCCAUUCAAGGCGGCUCGACAUCCCAAGAAUGCCCUUCCCAUCGGUCCGACCGGAGGCGGGAUCAUGCCCUACUCGGACAACGCACCAGGCCACGACCGCCCAUACCGCUUCAGCUUUUACUCCAACUCUCUACCCGUCACUAUUCACGCCCGAACACUGGCGGAACUCCCUGCAGAGGGUCAGACAUUCGAGGACCUCUUCAAGGGUCGGGCGACAGCGGAGAAUGGGAAUGGACACACGAAUGGCAAUCCGCCGCACCCCGGCAUUGACACGCCUAGGGAAGACACCACCCCUACAGCGAGGGAUAUUCCGCAGACAGGGAAGCAGAGUCUGCUGGCUAGGGCGGCAGGCGCGGCGAUGGCCAAGACGGGCACUAACGGGACGGCACCACCACCAGCGGACGGAGGGAAGGACGAGGAUCCCGAGGCGUCGACGUGGUGGCUGGACGUGCUCUCGCCAACGGACGAGGAGAUGAGGAUGCUCGCUGGUGUCUUCGGUAUCCACCCCUUGACAACAGAAGACAUUCUGCUCGAGGAGACACGGGAAAAGAUCGAGCUCUUCCGCAACUAUUACCUCGUCUGUUUCCGUUCGUUCGACCAGGACCCAUACUCCCAGACAUACCUCGAGCCCCUCAACAUGUACAUCAUUGUCUUCCGCGAGGGUACACUAUCAUUCCACUUCCGCGGCACCCCUCACCCCCAGAAUGUGCGACGCCGGAUCAAACACCUCAAAGACUACAUCUCGGUCACGUCCGACUGGAUCAGUUAUGCCCUCAUCGACGAUAUCACCGACGCGUUCGGCCCGCUCAUCCAGAGCAUCGAGUACGAGGUUGACAGUAUCGAUGAGCUGGUAUUGAUCUUGAAGGACUCGGAGCAGAGUGAUAUGUUGAGACGGAUCGGGACAUGCCGAAAGAAGGUCAUGGGUCUUUUACGACUCAUGGGCAACAAGGCGGACGUUGUCAAGGGGCUUGCGAAGCGAUGUAACGAGCAGUGGCUCAUCGCGCCAAAGUCUGAUAUCGGCCUGUAUCUCUCGGAUAUCCAAGACCAUCUGAUCACCAUGACCCAGAAUUUGAACCACUACGAAAAGAUCCUGUCGCGCUCGCACUCCAAUUACCUCGCUCAAAUCUCGAUCGAAAUGACGGACGCAAACAACCAGAUCAACGAUGUGCUCUCGAAACUGACUGCACUGGGUACGGUCCUCAUUCCAAUGAACUUGGUUACUGGUCUAUGGGGUAUGAACGUACAUGUACCAGGACAAGACGAAGACAGCCUGUACUGGUUUGCGGGUAUUGUCUCGUGUCUUGCCGCGUUCGCUAUAGUCGGUGCUUGGGCUACUUACAAAUGCUUUGUUGUGAGAUGA